AAGGAGGAAGAAAAGCCUAAGGAUAAGGUCAAGAAGGAAGAGUUAAUAUCUUCGAAGGAGAUUAGUGCUGUUGUUAGCCUCAAGUCUUUCGAGUCCACCCUGGAUGUGAAGGGUUCCAUACUCGAAAAAACCAAAGAAAGCGAGAUGGCUUCUGUUCGCGAACCAGAACUUCAAGAAGUGUCUUGUGACUUCUCGCUUGUAAAGCAGCGGACGGAGAAAAUCGGAAUUGGAGUUAUUUUUGAGAGGAAACAAGCCGCUAAAAAGAAAGAUGAACCUGAGGAUGAUAAGAAAGGAGAAGACGAAAAUAUUACACUGGUAGAUGUUGCCGAUGUGGUGAAUAUAAAACCGGAAAAAGCAUUAAAGAAAAAGAAGAAAACAAAGAAACGUGAUAAGGUGGAGAUAAAAGUCGUGACGCCUGAGGAAGAUGACACAUCUCUGCGACCUCCGCCUAAAGCUGAACAUUUGGGGAUCAACGUUUCUAGGAAGCGGACGGCUUCAGGUACUCACGAUAUUCAUGUGGAUAUUGACAUUGAAGCCGGAGAGGAGUCCGCACAGACGGAUGCGGUUGUUGAUCUGAACUUCUUUGAUUACGAAGAGAGCGAUCUGAGCCUAUGUGAGCCUGUGGAAGACACCAUCGAAGCUGAUGUACUGCUUGACUCAGUUGGUCAAGAAGAUGGCGUCGACGCUUUCGCACAAAUGAAUGCCACACAGGAGGUUACCACAACUGUGCAGAUGCCGUCGGCUGUCAGCACAAUCUCUCGACUUAUUGAAGAAGACAAACUUCCAACCUCAGCAGAAGCCGAAAUAUGCAUUGAUAUUUUGAAGAACAAGUUGAAAGUGAGAAAGCGAAUUGGACGUCACGCAGAAAUAGACCUAGAUAUGAUGGAAGACGAGGAAGUCGCCGAAGAACAAGCCAUGGUGAAGCACCCAGAAUCGGUAAAGCUGACCGAUCUCGAACAAAAGGCCGUUCUUACAUGCCUAACGAAGAGGCCUAUUAUAAAUGCAUCAUGGUUCAAGAACGGCAUGGUAAUAAGCAGUAAUGAUUAUAUCGACAUCGAAAUCGACGGCAACGAAACUCGGCUUAUUUUGAACAAGUUCAUACCUUUCUACAUUGGAACAUAUCACGUUGUUGUUGACGACGUUGGAAGCAGUCCUGCACAGCUUUCGGCCAACAUUCCUCCACAACUGAAGAAUCAAGUUCCACCUGUCAUCACUCAUCAAAUUGGAAAGCCAUUCGAUCUGCACUUGAAUUACACGGCCUAUCCAACUCCACAAAUCAAACUUCUUCAUCAGGGACAAUUGAUGACCCUGGAAACGGACAUAGAUCAAUACGAUGACAGUGUUUCCAUUAGGGUGAAAAAUUUGAAGGAGAAAGACGAAGGCGAAUUCGUUGUCAUUCUUUCAAAUGAGUUUGGAAAAACAGAAGUGUCCUUCCAAUUGAAAUUGGUCAACACACCUCUGGCACCGAAAGACGCCCGUCGAACCAGGCUUACACCAACAACGGUAACGGUGGAAUGGGAUGCUCCACAAGCCGAUGAAAGUGAUAUUAUCCACUACAUUGUAGAAAGACGCACAGCAGAAAGUGGUAGAUGGAGGAAAUUGGCGAAAACCACUACAAAGGAGUACACUUGCAGUGAGCUGGUCCCAAAAGAAUUCUAUGCUUUCAGGAUAAGAGCUGUAAAUAAAUUCGGGGAAGGACUGCCAAGCAAUGUAGUGGAAGUGGAUAUGCCUGAUGAAGAAGAGGAACAACUGGAAGAGAGCUUUGAUCUCGAGACAAUACUGAAGAUGCCAGAUGGAACAGAAACAGCGGAUGAAGAAGUGGUCGAAGCUAUCAUUGAA